GUUGGCUCGUUGUUGAACACUCGACGAUUCCUGGGACCCUGCUGCACCGGACGACGCCGUCAAACACAACGAAAUGGGUGGCCACGGAGAUAAAUACCCCCCUGUCCUGAUCGAUCCCGCCAUUGAAAAAUGGUAUCAUAUGAAGGAAAGCACCCAUGCGUACUUCAAGUUUGACCGACGCACCAUCAAAAUCACGCUUGCUCUGACCGUUCUUUUCCCUGCCGUCCUCUAUGUCGGCUCCGUCUGGAACAUGGGAAACUUCAAGCCCCGCGGAGUCCGACGAGGAGAGUCGUUCUGGAGCAAGCCUGUAUCGGAAUAAGGCGGUUGAAGUCGCAACUUGACCGCCAUCCGUCCUGCAUUACAUCAGGCAAUCCUCGAGAAAGUAAACAGAUAGAGCGUCUGACUUGCCAUCCUGUGCUCUUGAGUAAUAAACCACUGCUCUCUCCAUCA